ACUAAAGGGUAACUUCCUGUUAGGAGUGUUGUUUGCUUUACAGAUAAGCUCUCAGUGUACUGGUCAGAUGAAGGUGUUGGUCACAGGGGGCUCUGGAUUGGUGGGGAGAGCCAUACGUCAUGUUAUAGAAGAAGAAGGGGGAGCCAAAAAAGGAGAAGAAUGGAUAUUUCUGUCCUCCAAAGAUGCAAACCUAAUGAACAAAGAGGAAACACAGGCUGUUUUUGAAAAACAUCGGCCCACCCAUGUCAUCCAUCUGGCUGCUAUGGUGGGAGGUCUUUUCAAGAACAUGAAACACAACUUGGACUUCUGGAGGAACAACAUCUACAUCAACGAUAAUGUGCUGCAGGCAGCACAUGAGGUCGGGACUGUUAAGGUUGUUUCCUGUCUAUCCACCUGCAUUUUUCCUGAUAAAACAACAUAUCCUAUCGACGAGACCAUGAUCCAUAACGGCCCUCCUCAUGAGUCCAACUUUGGUUAUGCCUAUGCUAAAAGGAUGAUUGAUGUUCACAACAGGGCUUAUUACCAGCAACAUGGCCGAUCCUACACAGCUGUGAUUCCCACAAAUGUGUUUGGUCCUCAUGACAACUUCAGCAUCGAGGAUGGCCACGUGCUCCCAGGGCUCAUACAUAAGGCAUACAUCGCUCAAAAGGAGGGGAAGCCCCUGGUAGUUUGGGGUUCAGGCUCUCCUAGAAGGCAGUUCAUCUACUCUUUGGAUUUGGCUCGUCUUUUCCUCUGGGUCCUGAGGGAAUAUCCAGAGGUCGACCCAAUCAUUCUCUCUGUUGGGGAAGAAGAUGAGGUCUCCAUUAAAGAAGCUGCAGAGGCAGUUGUUGAGUCGUUGAGCUUUAAAGGAGAAGUAGUGUAUGACACCAGUAAAGCAGAUGGUCAGUUUAAGAAGACUGCCAGUAAUGCAAAACUACAUCAGUACCUGCCAGACUUCAAAUUCACACCCUUCCGACAAGCUUUAAAAGAAACAUGCGAUUGGUUUGUUGCCAAUUAUGACACCGCCCGCAAGUAAGACGACCCCUGAACCAGUUGGCAUCAAAGCUGUCCAUUGAAUGACCAUUUCUGUAAAAAAAAACUGAUGGGGUCAACACUGGAGAGUGUUGCAGGACAUUAGAUCAUGUGCAGAAAGUAGUGAGCUAAUAGUGAUGUCUGAUAAUCAUUAUAAAGCUUUGUAGUUUUAAAUUGAGAUUCCAGGACCAAACUGUAACAUGAUGUUUUAGAUGCUUCUUUUCGCUUUUUUAGUUUUCAGUUGCAACUUUUUUUCUUGAAAUGAUAUUCAUCAUUUUCAUCUUUUUGUUUUCAAAUGUGUUUGCUUGUAUUUUACGUCAGUUAUAUUCCUUUUCUUAUUCAAAGUAAUACAGAAAAGCAUGAAAAAAAAACAACCUGAAAGUUCCUUAAAAAGUUGAUGGACCCAUAUCACAAAGGCCACUCUAGAGUUCAUUAAACAUGUUUAAAUAAUUGAUCAGUUAGAAAUAGGAAGUUAAGAAAUUAUUUUCUCAGUUCAGUAGCUUGGAGAUUUAAACCGGCACUCUACUAAGGAAACUAAAAACACUCUGGUGAAUAUUGUGAUAAAAUUAAAUUCUGGUAGAUUUUAUUAAGACUUUCUAAUUUCUAUUCUGGUUCUGAAGAGCAUUUUGCUGAUGUUUACAGGCACCAGAACAAUAAAUACCAAGCCAACCUGUGGUUGUAUAAAACGUAGUAGUGAAUGGAAACGGCUGAAAGUUUCACUUUUCUAAACACAAGUCAGGGCUUUACUUUCAGGGGUGGGACUUUACGAAAUAUAGCUGUCAAUGUUACUCAUAGAAUGUUACUCGCCUUAUUCACACCCAAACUAACUUUACAUUAAGGCCAUUGUUCCAAGUUUUUCACAAUUCUGGCAAAGGGAUUUUUUUUAAUUUCAGGAAAUGUAUACUCCUCUCCUGGCUUCCAUGAGGCUAACUCAUAGCUAACUAACUCACUUCUGCUGCAUAGAUUCUUUGAGAAAAAUUCAGAUUACUGAUGUUCAGGAGCUAAUGUUCUGUAGUUCCAGAUGAAAUGCCAAUCAUAUAAAAAGGUAGCAUUCCACUUUAGAAUUGGGAGCUCUUUGUAAAAGUUUCAAAUUGUUUAUUUUUUUAGAAAAAUAAAGGUGGAUUGAUUUACA